AUGAUAGUAGAAUCAAUUGGAAAUGGAAAUAAGUUACCAGAGAAACUAAAUCAUGACUAUGAGAUCAAGGAAUUUGAUAAAACUAUACAUCCUGAUGAUAUUAUACUGGAAGAACGAAUAAUAUUGGGUAAAAGGUAUACAUGUGCAUACAAUAAUGAACGAACAUCUCAACUUGGCUCAAUAUUUGAAUAUAUGAAGAAAAAAAUGGGGGCAUUUGAUGAAGCUCCCAGCGAUCAUUUACUUGAUUAUGAUACAAAGAAUGUAGAAGAUAAUACUAUAAGGUCAGAUGAUUUAGUUACUAUUAAUAUGAAAGAAGGGCAUAUUAAUAGAAGGGAUGGUAAGGUUACACCAUAUAAUCUUGAGGCUGAUGAUGAUUCAGUUGAAUUUUUGGAAGAUUGCAAAUCAAGAUUAAUUUUUACUUAUAGAACCAAUUUUUCACCUAUUGAAAGGGCUCCUGAUGGGCCAUCACCUAUAAAUGUUAGUGUACUUUUCCGUGAUACAUUAUUUAAUACAGUAAACCAUGUUUUAAAUAAUCCUAAUAGUUUUACUACCGAUAUUGGAUGGGGCUGUAUGAUUAGAACCGGUCAAAGUUUAUUGGGAAAUGCUUUACAAAUAAUAAAUUUAGGUCGAAAUUUCCGAAUAAAUAAUCAGUCUAAUAAUCCAAAUACGAAAAAUAUUAAAGAAGAAGACAUUAUUGAAUGGUUUUAUGAUAAUCCAAAUAAGCCAUUUUCUAUACACAAAUUUGUUGAUAAAGGGAUGAGGAUAUCGGAUAAAAAGCCUGGAGAAUGGUUCGGACCUUCAACUACAUGCACAGCAAUACAAAGUUUAAUAUAUGAAUUUCCUGAAUGUGGUAUAGAUGAAUGUAUUUUAUCAGUAUCAAGUGGUGAUAUUUAUGAAGAUGAAAUCAAUGAGCAUUUCCAAAAAAAUGAAAAUACUAUCAUUUUAAUAUUAUUGGGUGUCAAAUUAGGUAUUGAUAAGAUCAAUCAAUGCUAUUUCAAUGAUAUUAAAGAUAUAUUAAACAGUCGAUAUAGUUGCGGUAUAUCUGGUGGGCGGCCAUCAUCAUCUUUAUAUUUUUUUGGUCAUAUGAAUGAAUAUUUAUAUUAUUUUGAUCCUCAUAAACCACAACUACAAUUAAAUGAAGACUUUAAAAACUCAUGUCAUUCGACUGAUUAUUCUAAAAUAUUAAUUUCUGAAAUUGAUCCAUCUAUGUUAAUUGGAUUUUAUCUCAAGGGUAAAAAAGAUUGGGAUAAUUUUAAAGAAGAAGUUAAGAAUUCAACUAUAAUAAAUAUAAUGGAAAAGAUGCCCAAGGAUAUAGAUAUUGAAUUAUCAGAAGAUGAUGAGCAAGAAGAAGAGGAGGAAGCACGAGAAGAAGAAGAUACAGCUACUAAGAAACAUAAGCCAGAUACUGCAAAUAAUUUUAAAUUAGACGGUUUUCUAGUUGAAGAUGAUGAACAAUAUAUAGAUAUUAAACAUGUUUCCAAUGACAGAAAACGAAUAGCCAGAAACACACCUGUACCUUUGAAAAUGAGUAUCAAUUUAAACUUGUUUGAUGAGCAAGAAGAAUAUGUUGAUGUAGAUAAGAACAUUAAAGUGAAUUAUAAAGAAGAUCGAUUUCAAAGUAUUAAUUGUAAGAAUCAAGAUAUUAUGAUAGUGGGGAAUCAAUCUAGCGAAGGUGUUAACAUUGAAGUGGAAAAAAUACUGGUAGAGCAUGAUACAGUUGAAGCGGAAACAUGA